GCAACAUAACCUCAAACUUUGACAACGUCACUCGUAACAUAACCUCGAAUAUUCAGCUUGUAAACAAACAAAUACUUUUCAAUUAAAAUUUAAGCAAUUUUUCGCAAUAAAAUGCUCGAUGGUUGGUACUCCAGGUCUAUAUCGAACGAAGGUCAAACAGUUGACGAGGAGGAGCAGGCCCUAGAGGAGUCCAAAUUCAAAAAGGAGUAUAAAGCGUUAAAAAACAGGUUCCAGCACCUGAUUUACGAAAACGAGUCCUUCCAGUUGGCCCUACGCAAGGCCCAAAAGCGUUUAUUGCAAGUAACUCGGGACAGAUCAUUUUUACUUGACAGAUUAUUACAGCACGAAAAGCUUGACUACACCACCUCAGAAACCGAUGAAACUGAGUCCUCUGAGGAGGAACAGGUACCCAUCAAGGUAGAACCAGUAAAAAAUAAUUUUAGAAGAAGAGCCACUGAACCUUCCGCUCAAAUACCUAAUGCCCCCCAAGUGAGUCAGCCGAAACCGGCUUCUGCCCCUAAAAAACGACGUCCAGCGCAACCCAAAGCCCCAAACAACCGACAACCCAGUCAGACUAUGCAUAUACAAAUGCCCACUAAUGUGCUCUCGGAUGGGCACAUGACCCCUGAGGAGGUUGAAAGACACCUUCAAAGCCAAAGUUUCUUGGACUUAGUGCCCGAGAGGGCUCCUCCAACUGUUCCCACCGAAAUGUUUAGUAAUGAGCCCUCCCUCGAUAGUGAAUCAAAUGACAUGAUUGGGGAGUUCGAGAUGUCCCCGAGUAACAUGGAGGAGGAGAUUAGCAUUGAUUAUGUGCCGGAGUAGGUUUUAGAGGUUAUAGUAAUAAUUAUAUUGUAAAAUUAUAUUGUGGGUAAUUCAAUUUUAAUAAAGUGAUUUUAUAGUAAA